CUUUCAAAAUCUCCUCCACCCACUUCAUAAUCAAUAAACAUUGAAAACAAUAUCCCAUCCUUCAUUUUGUUUCCUUCACCACUUUUACUUCUUCUGCAGCAACCACCCCCAUCAGAUAUAACAUUUUCUCCUCCUCCUUAUUUCUUCGUUAUAAAAAAAGAAAAGAAAAGACAUGGCUGCUGUUACUGCUGCAGUCUCUUUUCCUUCUACCAAGUCCACCUCUCUCCCUGCUAGAACCUCUAUUGCCUCUCCUGAUAGGAUCACCUUCAAGAAGGUGCCUGUUUACUACAGAGAUGUUUGCAGUGGGGGGAGAGUGGUUUCUGUCAGGGCCCAGGUUACAACUGAAGCUCCUGCCAAAGUUGUAAAGGAAUCCAAGAAAAAUGAUGAAGGUGUUGUGGUUAACAAGUUCAGGCCUAUCAACCCUUACAUUGGUAGAUGCCUUCUAAACACUAAGAUCACUGGCGAUGAUGCUCCUGGAGAGACUUGGCACAUGGUCUUCAGCACCGAAGGAGAGGUCCCCUACAGAGAAGGGCAAUCCAUUGGGGUGAUUCCAGAUGGCGUUGACAAGAACGGAAAACCACACAAGCUGAGAUUGUACUCUAUUGCUAGCAGUGCUCUUGGUGAUUUUGGGGACUCCAAAACGGUAUCCCUAUGUGUGAAACGACUGGUAUACACCAACGAGAAAGGAGAGCUUGUCAAAGGAGUCUGCUCCAAUUUCUUGUGUGACUUGAAACCUGGGGCGGAAGUUAAAAUAACUGGACCUGUUGGAAAAGAAAUGCUUAUGCCAAAGGAUCCCAAUGCCACAAUCAUCAUGCUCGCUACUGGAACUGGAAUCGCUCCCUUUCGAUCAUUUCUGUGGAAAAUGUUCUUCGAGAAGCAUGACGACUACAAGUUCAACGGUUUGGCAUGGCUCUUCCUUGGUGUUCCCACGAGUAGUUCAUUGCUAUACAAGGAGGAAUUCGAGAAAAUGAAGGAGAAGAACCCAGAAAACUUCAGGCUGGACUUUGCAGUGAGCAGGGAACAAACAAACGAGAAAGGAGAAAAGAUGUACAUUCAGACACGAAUGGCUGAAUACGCGAAAGAGCUAUGGGAGUUGCUGAAGAAAGACAACACCUUCGUCUACAUGUGUGGGUUGAGGGGAAUGGAGAAGGGAAUUGAUGACAUAAUGGUCUCACUCGCUGCAGCUGAUGGUAUCGACUGGGCCGAGUACAAAAAGCAAUUGAAGAAAGCUGAGCAGUGGAAUGUGGAAGUCUACUAAAUAUAUACAUAUGGAUCGCUUGUACAAAUUAAUCAUCUCCCUUUUCAUUUUCCUUUUUUAGCACCCGCCCCGACCUAUGAGAAUUUCCAAUGCAUUGUGUAGAGAGGGGGACUGCCUUUGUUUUUUCUGAGCCCAUAUAAUGAGAACUAUCGGUAUUUUAUAGCCAA